CAGAGGCUGUCAUUUUCCAUUGAUUUAGCCUACAGUCCAUGUAUUCGCUAUGUUCAACGAGAUCCUCUUCACUGCGCCAGAGACCCUCCGUCGAUCUAGUCUUCCCCGCGUCCAUGCACAUUUGUCACAGUCACGCAGAUCGGAUCGUCCGGACUCCGCAUGUCACGGGACUCUCUUUAGGGCAAAUCCAAAAGUGAGCACCAGGCAGGCGGUGUUCUGGUCGGCUUGACUUUCGUCGUCAGCACAUGCAUCUUCGCGCUGAUCAUCGACAGCUCGUCGCUUUCGGCCAGCGACAGCUCAAAGGUGCCGUUUGGGAUCAUUGCUGCAGCGCCGCUCGAUGAUCAGCACAAACUCGCCUGCUCUGGAUCCGAGGCAGUUUUGGCACCGGUCUCGAACAGCUUGCCCGCUCGCAUGCAAUCUGCAGCUCCUCUGGAUUGCGUCGCACGAGUAACAACGGGAGAUGGUAUGACCCGUGGGCGGCUGAGCUUGAGACGUGGACGGCUGAGCUUGAGAGACGGACAAACAGACACGGAGAUAACCGACAGACACACUGAAAGCAGGCGUCCAUUACACCUAGAACCGAGUAAUCUCAGACCGAAACACUUAAAACCGCUUCCUCGGGGCAGAUAGCAGCCCACACGCACUCUGGUAGCCAGCCAGGAACAAAGGCGCAGAAGGGCUCUUGAAAGGAUCAUUCGAGUGGUUGGAGAUGGCAUGUGCGAAGACGCAUCAGUGAACGUGGAGAAGCGCUGGGAGUGUUUAUUAGCUAGACACGCGCGUUACCUCAGCGCACGCACCGAAAUGGCGAUACAUUGUCGACGUCCAGGGACUCGUGAAUGCUGAAAGCGGAAUCCUACCCGGCAUGGCGCGCAGGAAGAUUGGGGGGUGCCGUCCCCAGCCACAGACGGCUCGACGUCCAGUGGUAGCUUGUAG